AUGGAUGUAUACCAAAUAGAGCUGGAGGCACAGGCACAAAUACGCUCCCAACUGCUGAUCGAUACUGUGGUGAAGAAUCUGGGCCAGCCACUGACACGCCCGCAGCAGCAGCAGCAACAAUUGCAGCAGGACAACAGCAAUAUUGCAGAUUUGGAGGCAAAGCAAGAACUCCAGCAGGCAGACGACGACGAAGACGAAGAGGAGGAGGAGGAGGAGGAGGAGGAGGAGGACGAGGAGGAAGACGAAGAGCAGCCACAGCAGGAGGACGAGGAAGUAGAUGAGGAAGACGAGGAGCAGGAGGAGGACGAAUUGGAGGAGGAGAACGAAGCAUUGCCAGAAGUCGGCUUCGAUGCAAAUUCAGAUUUCAAUUUGCAUUUCUUUGACACGCCCGAGGAUUCAUCUACGCAGGGCGCCUUCAGCGAAGCGGGCAGCCUAGACACCGAGCCAGAGGACGAACAGGAACAGCAACUGUUGCAGCAGCAGCAACCACAGCAGCAGCAGCAACAGCAGCAGCAGCAACAGCUAACAGCAAUAGCAGCUGGCCCAGCGCAGGAGCUGCAGCAUUGUUUAAGUGCCAUCGAAGCGGACCCGCUGCAAUUGCUGCAGUGCGACAGCUUCUAUAGGCAACGCCAGCAACAGUUGCUGCCGCAGCACCAGCAACAGCUGCAGCAGCAGCGGCAGCAACAGCAGCAUCUGAGCUGCACGGCUUUGAGCAAUGGUGGAGGUGCUCUGUACACCAUCAGCAGUGUGCAUCAGUUUGGUCCCGCCAGCAACAGUUGCAGCUCGGCCGGGGCACAUUCCUCGCCAGACAGCGGACGCGGCAGCGGCUGCAGCUCCAGUUCCAGCUCGGCCAACGUCUCCUCCUCAUCUUCAUCCUCAUCGUCGGCAUCCAGUGGUGAGCUCUACAAUCCAGCAACAUCCUCGCCAGCGAUCAGCUCCACGUCGGCAACUGUUGCGCAUUUGAGCAAAGGACACGCAGGUAUGCCACAGCCAGACGGUCAACAGCAACAGCAGCAGCAACACACGCAGCAACAGCAGUUGCAACAGCAGCAGCAGCACCACGCGCAGCAGCAGCAGAAAUUUGGUAUUGUUGACUCCAGCAACGGCAGCAGCAAUAGCAAUCACAACAGCAACAGCAACAACAACAGCAGCAGCAACAACAACAGCAGCAGCAACGGCGUCUCCUCAAAGUCGUUUGUGCCGUGCAAAGUUUGUGGCGACAAAGCUUCGGGCUAUCAUUAUGGUGUAACCUCCUGCGAGGGUUGCAAGGGCUUCUUUCGUCGCAGCAUACAGAAGCAGAUCGAGUAUCGCUGCCUGAGGGACGGCAAGUGCCUGGUCAUACGGCUCAAUCGGAAUCGCUGUCAGUAUUGUCGCUUCAAGAAAUGCCUCUCGGCUGGCAUGAGCCGCGACUCUGUGCGUUAUGGUCGCGUACCCAAGCGUUCACGUGAGCUGAACGGUGCAGCAGCAGCAGCAGCAGCAGCCGCCGCAACAGCCUCAGCAGCCAGCGGCGCGCCCCUAAAUGUGGAUGAAACCAGUGCCAAUAAUUUGCAUACAAAUCUAAUACAACAGCAACAGCAACAACAGCAGCAGCAACAACAGCAGCAGCAACAGCAGCAGCCGCAUGCGAGCAGCGUGCGCGUAAAUACACCAAGUACACCACAAACGCCACAAAUGUGUUCGAUAGCCUCGUCGCCAUCGGAGCUGGGCGGUUGCAAUAGUAGUGCCAACAACAACAACAAUAACAACAACAGCAGCAGCAGCAACAACAACAGCAGCAGUAAUGCAACAGCUGUAGUUGUGGGCAGCCAUCAUCAGCAAUUGGUUAACAUGGGCAGCAGCAGCGACAUGGCCAUGACCCAGGUGGGCGUGGGCAUGUGUCAUCCCUCGAUCGAUCAUCACGACGGCCUCGCCGGCACAGCCAAUGAGCUGACUGUCUACGAUGUGAUCAUGUGCGUCUCGCAGGCGCAUCGACUCAACUGCUCCUACACCGAGGAGCUGACACGUGAGCUGAUGCGACGACCCGUCACAGUGCCCCAGAAUGGCAUUGUCACCACUGUGGCCGAGAGUCUGGAGUUCCAAAAGAUCUGGCUGUGGCAACAGUUCUCGGCGCGCGUGACGCCCGGCGUGCAGCGCAUUGUGGAGUUCGCUAAACGCGUACCUGGCUUCUGUGAUUUCACCCAGGACGACCAACUGAUACUCAUCAAGCUGGGCUUCUUCGAGGUGUGGCUAACCCACGUGGCGCGCUUGAUCAACGAUACGACGCUGACGCUGGACGAUGGCGCCUAUCUGACACGACAGCAGCUGGAGAUACUCUACGAUUCGGACUUUGUCAAUGCCCUGCUGAACUUUGCCAACACACUGAACGCCUAUGGGCUGAGCGAUACAGAGAUUGGUCUCUUCUCGGCUAUGGUGCUGCUGGCAUCGGAUCGCGCGGGUCUCAGCGAGCCCAAGGUAAUUGCACGUGCACGCGAGCUGGUGGCAGAGGCACUGCGUGUGCAGAUACUCAGAUCGAGGGCUGGCUCGACGCAGGCGCUGCAGCUGAUGCCGGCGUUGGAGGCUAAAAUACCGGAGCUGCGCUCGCUGGGCGCCAAGCACUUCUCACACUUAGACUGGCUGCGAAUGAACUGGACCAAGCUGCGUCUGCCGCCGCUCUUUGCCGAAAUCUUCGACAUACCCAAGGCGGACGACGAGCUGUAGAAGUUGGAGCAACGGCUCUGCGAACUCUAUUUCUAAGUUAUAUAACAUAGGCGUUAAACGAAGAAGAAGAUGGAGGAUGCAAGCAACUCUGCAACUAUUCAUAAUAUGAAAGGGCAAACAUAAACCAUUCUAACAGAUAAAAGAUACAAUUUACCAGAUACAAGAUACAAGCUACAAGAUACAUAGUUAACUACAACUACAACUACAACUAUAAAGUUAUGCAUUAAAUAUUUAGCAAUGUUAAAGACGUUCGCAAACAUUUUAAGCCAGACACACACACACAGAUACACACACACUCCCACACACUCGAUUAUAGACUUUGAGAUACUUUUGUGUUCUUUUUUUUUUGUUAUUUCUGCUUGAGCUCGUAGCCGUACAUAUCCCAUGCGCAACAUCAAGUUUUAUUUAUUUCAUUGAUCAAGCUCAUCGAAUCAUGCACUAUCCUAAGUAAUCCUUAAAUUCCACUCCCCAACUCACUCAAUUCUCAUAUUGCAACACUUCA